GCGACGAGUGGGCGAUCGGCUCCAGAAACGCAAAGAUAUCGCCAUUGGUAUCGACAUCUGUACUUCGUAUCCAUUUUUUGGCGUGAAUUUGGGCGACGCAAGGUCUAAGCACAAUCGCGGAUCUUACACGGACCUGUGACGCCCUCUGCGAUACCGAAUGUCCUGCGAUAAACACUGCGCCUGAGCAUGCGGGUGCAAUGCCGACAACGUUACCACUCACCCUCCGGUCGCAGGUCGAUGCCUCUCGAAGAUGUCGUCCAGACCGUUCUGCCCAUCGCGGUGUUCAUCGGCGUUGAGCCGGUGACGAGAUGGCGACACCCCAGAGCUCGUCUUCGCUUACCUCCAGUGCCAACCGUACCCCUCUUUUGGACCAACCAACAGCCUAUCUCCAGUUAAGCGACGCCAAUCUGCAGAAGGCCAAGAUCGUCGGUUGGAAGCAUAUGGUGGACUUGGGACCCAGAUGCGCGCAUAUACCCGCUCUUAAUCUGCUGCUGUCUGAAGAUGAAAGCAAUGCCGACGAGGUGGCCGUAGCUUGGCUGAAGAAGACUUUCAGUAUCACUUGGCACACCGCCGGGUCGUGUUGGAUGACACCACGGGAGGAGAAUGGUGUCCUCGAUACCGACCUCAAGGUACACGGCACGAGUUACCUCCGCGUCGUCGACCUGUCCAUCGAUCCGCCGUACUUUGCCUCGCACCAGCGAUUGGCUGUGUACGCCAAGUUGUAGACAACGCUGUCGAUACUAUUAAAGUUGCAGCUAGCCUCAGCUGUCGUUUUUGUGCAAAAUCGUUGCUGUCUGUUGAUGGUUCUCCUGGAACGUAUGUGUACUUCUGGGUUCAAGCAUGUACCGUAGACGCCGACGAGGAAAUAUCGAAUAUCCUCAGAGUUAUGCAUAACACCGCGGCGCAGCAUU